UGUUUGCCAAAGAGAAAAAAACCCUCCCCGUACUUUUAAAAGUUUGAAUAAUUCAUGAGAUACGAUUUGCCUGCUCGAGAGAAGUGACGGUUUUAGAAAAAAAGAAGAAGAAAAAAGGGGGAAGAAAGAGAAAGAGAGAAAGGGAGGGGGGUUAUCCACAAACAUAUUCAUAAGGGGCUGACGGAAUGGCCACCGCGGCUUCCAAUCCUUAUCUCCCCACCAAUAGCAUCUUAUCGUCCGGCUCCAUCGUGCACUCUGACUCCGGAGGUGGUGGCAUGCAGCCGGGCAGCGCUGCGGUUACCUCCGGGUCUGGGGGCUACAGGGGGGACCCCACGGUCAAGAUGGUUCAGAGUGACUUUAUGCAGGGCGCCAUGGCAGCGAGCAACGGGGGGCACAUGCUGAGCCAUGCCCACCAGUGGGUGACGUCCCUCCCGCACGCCGCCGCGGCCGCAGCGGCGGCCGCUGUGGCCGCGGCGGAAGCCGGGUCCCCCUGGUCGUCGAGCCCGGUCGGGAUGACGGGCAGCCCGCAGCAGCAGGACGUGAAAGGAUCCGGCAGAGACGACCUGCACACGGGCACGGCUCUACACCACAGGCCCCCCCACCUAGCUCCCCAUCAGACUCACGCCGGGAGCUGGGGCAGCACCACGGCGGCUCACAUCAACUCCAUCUCCGGGGGCCAGCAGCAGCAGCAGUCGCUCAUCUACUCCCAGCCCGGAGGCUUCACUGUCAACGGCAUGCUGAGCCCGGGCGGACAGAGCCUGGUGCACCCAGGGCUGGUGAGGGGGAACACCCCGGACCUGGACCACGGCAGCCACCACCAUCACCAUCACCACCAGCAUCCGCACCACCAGCACCACGGAGGCGGAGGAGGCGGAGGUGUCAACAGCCACGACCCGCACUCGGACGACGACACGCCGACCUCGGACGACCUGGAGCAGUUCGCCAAGCAGUUCAAGCAGCGGCGGAUCAAGCUGGGCUUCACGCAAGCAGACGUGGGCCUGGCUCUGGGCACCCUGUAUGGGAACGUCUUCUCGCAGACCACCAUUUGCAGGUUCGAGGCUCUGCAGCUCAGCUUCAAGAACAUGUGCAAGCUGAAGCCUUUGUUGAACAAGUGGCUCGAGGAGGCCGACUCUUCCACGGGCAGCCCUACCAGCAUCGACAAGAUCGCGGCGCAGGGGAGGAAGCGAAAGAAGCGCACGUCCAUCGAGGUGAGCGUCAAGGGGGCUCUGGAGAGCCACUUUCUAAAAUGCCCCAAGCCCUCGGCCCAGGAGAUCAGCAGCCUGGCGGACAACUUGCAGCUGGAGAAGGAGGUGGUUAGAGUGUGGUUUUGCAAUAGGAGACAGAAGGAAAAACGGAUGACGCCCCCGGGAGUGGCGCAGACGCCGGAGGAUGUGUACUCUCAGGUCGGCAAUGGGCAUUUUUUAGUAGAUUACUUAAAAGAUGAUGCAAGUGAAGCGAGCGACCAGAGGGUGACAACCACAAGUUCAUUCCACCAGGUAAUUUUGGCGCAUUGAGACAACAACCAAGAGGAAACCCAAGUAUUUUUUAUUAUUAUUAUCAUUAUUAUUACUAUGAUUAUGACGAUGAUGAUUCCGUUUAAAAAAAAAAGAAAGAAAGAAAAAGAAAAUUCUCUGUCCCUCCAA